UUUUUUAAUAAUUACUACAUUUUCAGUACAUUUCUAUUUUAUAUGACAAAGUAUGAUUGUUUAUCGAAAAUGUUUAUAACAAUAGAUCGGAUAUAUUAAACUUUCAUUUAUUACAGGAAGAUUUUUGUUGUACUAUUAAUGGCCAUUAUUAAAAACAGAUAUAAAUAAUAUAACAAGUCAAUAUAUACAAAAGUAAAUUCGAGAUUAAACGUAUUCUUAAUAAAAUGAAUGCCUGAAAGUAUAAACAAAAUGUUUAUUUGUAAAAAGAAAUAAAAAAUUAGAAACCUUAGUAUGUAAGAUCUGGUUCUUUUAGUUUAGUUUGUAAAUUGUAUUUAAAAAAUGACUAUUUUGUAUUAUUAAUUUAAUUGAAAAUCCUUGAUGCAACCCUUGAAAUUAUGAAUUAUUCGUUUGUCAUAAAUUUCUCGAAAAUCGAUAAAUCGAAAUCGAUCUCUCUCUGACGUUUUCUUUGAAACAGAAUAAAAUUAAAUGAAGGAGUUAAUCUGAGAAUUUUCGUGAUGUCUGAUAACGAUGUUCCAAUAGGUCAAGGUCACGUUUGUGAAUUACUUACGAGAAUCGAUGAUUUGGAUGAAAUGGUCAGUUGUUGGGACUUUAAACGAAUAUGGUAUAAAUUAAUCAGUAUAAAUAAAUGCACACCAAGAUGUAUGAGAUACAUGGACAGUAUGACAGCGAUCAAUGUUGAAAAAAGAAGACACUUUCGUCUUAAGUAUUAUUGGGUUAUACAUCCAUUUAGUUAUUUCAGACUUCUAUGGGAAAUAUUUAUGAUUGUCAUUUAUGGAAUAGCAUUUUUUACCAUACCUUUUAUGAUUUCAUUUAUUAUCAUGGAUUAUGAAUUAUUGCGUUUGGAUAAAAUUAAUAUUUUGAUUUAUGUUAUAUGUUGGUUGGAUAUUAUUUGUAAUUGCAUAACCGGUUAUUAUGAUAAAAAAAAUGUACAAGUUGAAUUGAGAUUGUCUAAAAUAAUCAAAAGAUACUCAAAGGGUUAUCUUAUGGUUGACAUACUUUCCUCAUUACCAUACGAUCACAUAACUUUAUUAUGGCGAAGAUUACCAGGAAAUGAUUCAUAUCAUAUCAUAACUCUAAUUAAUAUUCUACCACUUUUAAAAUUGACACGUUAUCCAACCAUAAAUUGUUACAUCUUUUGGUUUUAUCAAUAUUUAAGGAUAGAAAAUUUUUCUUAUCAAACGACAAUCACAUUGGUGUUAGGAUUUUAUUUGAUUAUAUGGUUCACAUGUUUGUGUUAUAUUUUGCCAAUAUUGACAUUACAUUUUUAUAAUAUUUCAUUAACGGAAUGCACCGAUUGUUGGAUAGCAGAGAUACAAAAGGAAAGUAUAGCUGUUAAAUUUCAGCAUGCACUUUUCAUAGUAUUGGAAAAUCUUUUGGCAAGUGGUUAUGGUAUAUUAUCACCUAAAACUGACACAGACAUCGUAUUAAAUUCUUUACUCAUGAUAUUUGGCAGAUUUGUCGAAUGUUACAUUAUAAUUACGUUGCUGCAGGUAAAAGGAUUCAGUGAAGCUGCUGAAACUAAGUAUAACGAAAUAAUCAGUCAUAUAGAAGCAUUUGCAAGACAAAAACAAUUACCAUUGCAAAUGAAAAAUCGAUUAUUAUUAUGUUAUGGUCAUCGUUUCAAAAACAGUUUUUUUCGUGAGAAACAAAUUUUGAGCAAAUUUUCAGAACAAUUACGUGAUGAAAUUGCAAUGCAAUCUUGCAGACGUUUGGUAGAAAAUGUUGAUAUAUUUCGUAAUUUACCAUUGGACGUUUUAAAAUCAAUCGUCAGAAAUUUAAAAUUCGAAUUGUAUUUGCAAAAUGACGUUAUAAUAAGAGAUGGGACUCAUGGUGAUUGUAUGUUUUUUUUAUGUACUGGUACAGUCGUUGUUUUAACACCAACCGGGAAGAAAAUAUGUUAUUUGGAUGAUGGGGCUCAUUUUGGUGAAGUUGCAUUAAUAGUACCCAAUCAGAAACGUGUUGCAACUGUGAUUGCAGUUGACGUUUGUGAAGUUUAUCGUCUCGAUAGGAAAGAUUUUCGAAAAUGUGUUUCCAUACAUUCGGAAUUAUUUUACACGAUUGAACGUAUUGCAACUGAACGAAUACAAAGAACAAUGGCUGUAGAGGAACAACAUAAAAUAUUUUUAAUGCGUUCUAAUUUUGCUUAUUGCGAUACGAGAAAAUUCAAGGGAAAAAGAAAAUCAAAUCCCAAAUAAUUCAAUGCCAAUAAUUAAUUAUUUUUCUGUAUUAUUAAAUAAUAAAAAAGACAUUUCAAUGUGAUCGAAAUUUUGGUCAAUUUUGUGU